GGGAUUUCGUAGUGAAAUAUUCGAUAGCUUCUGCAUCAGCAGUCCGAUUCGAUAAUUAUUAUCUUGUUGAAAAUUGAACAUAAUAAUAAUGGCAGCACGCCGCAUCGCUCAAUCUUCGAUCAACUGGUCUGCUCUGGCCGAGCGUGUGCCCGCUAACCAGAAAAGCAGCUUCGGUGCUUUUAAGACAAAAUCGGACAUUUAUGUGCGUGCUGUGAUGGCCAAUCCAGAGAAUCCACCAAAAAUCGAUUGGGCAUACUACAAGAAAUUGGUUCCCAUCGCUGGUCUAGUCGACGGUUUCCAGAAACAAUACGAUGCAUUGACCGUGCCGUACCCUAAGGACAAUGUUUCGCAGCAGGUUGAUCGCGAAAUCGAGGAGUCGAAGAGCGAGAUUUCUAGCUACAAGAAAUCAUCUGAGCAGCGCAUCCAGAAUUACCAGAAGGAAAUUGCUCAUUUGAAGGCAUUGCUACCAUACGAUCAGAUGACAAUGGAAGAUUAUCGUGAUGCAUUCCCUGACAGUGCUUUGGAUCCCAUCAACAAGCCCACUUUCUGGCCCCACACACCAGAAGAACAGGUUGGCUACAAAUCCAAGGAACAGCUGGAGGCUGAAGCCCAUGGACACCAUUAAGCGCAUAAAUGCAAUUUGUGUAGCAUGAUAUUAUAAGUGUUUUGAUUCGAAUUAUAAACAUUUAUGAUGUGCUAUUAAAAAUCUUUAAAAUCGAAAAUAAAGCGAAAAAUUUGAAACGAGCUGGCAUGUCCCCACUUCG